ACUGUGUCAGAUCUGCCUCGGUCCGAUCUGAUCUUCGUCCUGGUCUCGCAGUGCCUGCGGUCGCGCGGAGGCCGCAGAGGAAGCUUUGCCCGCCGCCAUGAUUUGGGGCGCGGGCAAGGGCACGGGCGAUGGCGGCGGGUGGAGCGGCGGCUGCGGCGGCGGCUGGGGCGGCGGCUGGGGCGGCGAUGCGGGCGGCGGCGGUCGGAGGGCACCCAAGAUUCGCCUACACCGAUCUUGGGCCCAGGCUCGGUGUAUGCGCCUCCCUGCCCAAGCCAGGAGGGCGUAUACAACGCCCUGGGGCACAGGAGGAGCCUGGCCAAGACUGGUGCAGGUGUAUAGCUGGCGCCCUCCCAGGAUGGGGCGGCGGGGGCCCCGGGGGAGUGAUGGCCAUGAUGGGCCCGUGGAGCAUGAAGGGCAAGAAGGGUGGUGGCUGCGUGCCCACCCUUGGCCUGUGCGGCGGCUUCCCGAAGGGCAUGGGCAGGGGGAAGCCCUCGCCGACGAAGAAGGUUUUCAUCGGGGGCAUCAAGAACGAGGCCGGGGAGGACGCCGUCAAGGAGUGGGCCGAGGCUUUCGGUCCCGUGCAGGCCGUCAGGGUGCUCCGGGACGAGUUGGGCAGAUCGAAGGGCUACGCCUUCGUGGACUUCGAGGCUGCAAUGCCGAAGACGAUCCCGACGCACAGAAAGACUGCUUCGAUCUCAGCCGAUGUUCUUCACGAGGCUCUCACGGUCAACUCCCUGGUGCCAGACAUGCCCAUGAUCGCAGGCUACACCAUCCCGAACUACGCGUUCUACACUCCGAAGAACUCCUCAGACUUCAUCCCCACGCUCGAGAAUCUCAAUCGUGCGUCCAAGGGCCUCAGGAUCAACCAGAGUACGAUGGAGGCGGGCUGGGACGUCAGCUUCAAGAAAAAGUUCACCGAGGGCUACAAGAAAGCUAAAGGACGAGCUCCGACGGCAGACAUCAUCUCGGGAUACAGGUUCAUCCAGUGCCGCCAGCUGAGGAUCAUGUUAGCCCACUUCCAGAAAGAUCAGGCGAAAUACUCCACCGAGUCCCCCUCGAGAAACGGCGAGCUGGAUUACGAAGCGGACGGGGAUGGGGGGGCUCGUUUGAUGAGGAGUGACCGUCAUGGGAAGAAGGAUCCCGAGGAGAUAAGCAGGAAGAUCGACCCCGACGAGACGCAGAGAGAGGAGCCAGAGGAAGAGGAGCCUGCCACAGAGCAACCACAGACUCUCGAGGAGCAACCACAGACUCUCGAGGAGCAACCACAGACUCUCGAGGAGCAACAAGAAGAUGAGCAACCACAGACUCUCGAGGAGCAACAGACGCCGCCACCAGAGGAGGUGGAGCAGCCGCAGACGAAAGAGGAGCCACAGACGAAGGAGGUGGACCAGCCACCGACGGAGCCACCAGAGGAUGAGGACGACUUGAAACGCGAGCUGGAUGACAUUCUUCGUGAGGAUAUCGAGGAUCAGAAACUACCGUUCAUUGACAGCUUGAUGAACGUCCCUACCGAGCGCAGCAGCAAGAAGAAGAAGCACACAAAAACGAAGAAGGCCAAGGCACCGUCCAGCCCCGCGUUGACAGAACCGACGUGGCCGCCUUCGGACGACACCUACGGCAAGGGACCAUACGAGUUCAACACCAGCGAUGGCGAGGUCGCCUACCUGAAGACCAAGCGCCGCCACUGCGAGUCCAUCAGCUGCAUCCAAUUCGCAGUCGGCUCCAACCCGUGGAAGCAGAUGGUCCAGAUCAGCGAUGCGUCGUGGCAGGCCUGGCAGCUCGAGAAGCUCAACAUGGAGAAGAGUCAGGCGUCCGAGGCGAUGAUCAAGUACAUCUACCAGAAGUUGGCCUACAACAAGGUCAGCACCAAGGAGGGGGCGCUGCAGAUGAGGCGCAGCAUCUUCACAGAGCUCGGGAUCAGCUUGCAGGAGGGGAGUUAUGAUUGGGCAGCUUGUUCCUCACUAUCCUCCACGCGUGCUCAUCAUCAUCACCCUGAUCACCCUCAAUAG